AUAAAACGCACCUCAAAAUCCCAAAUAAUGUCAGUGAAAAAAAAAGGAUUCCCAUUUUGCGUAGAAAUGAAAGAAAAAAGAGCAAAAGAAAAUAAAGAUUUCACACCUUUGUUUCAUAGUAAGUUUGAACUUUGAGCAGUGUUAGGUGAGGUCAAUAUCUGUUACUGGAGAAACUUUCACCACUAUAGAUAGCUGCAAUAUUAAUGCAUAUGGCCAUAAAGGAAUGAUUAAUUGAUUAGGCUUGCUUGGUUGAUGUAGAGAGAGCUAUAAAAGACAAAUAAUUUAAACGAGAUCCGUGUACAAUUUUCAUAAACAGCUGACCUCUAUCACUUACUAUGAGCAAUAUAAUCAUUUUCCUCGUCAUCACAUACGUUCUAACAUCCAUAUAAUCAUUUUCCUUAUCAUCACGUACGGUCAACAUCUUGACUUCCAAAUCUUGUUAACUACUUCUUCCGUCCCACAAAGUAGUUAAUCCAAUCUGACUCAAAGAUUAAACUGAUUUAAACUAAUUGUAUAUUUAACAAAUAUAUACCCAAUAAAUGAAGAUAACUAGACUUGACUUGAAUCAAACAUGAAUCGAAUGAAGUAGUAUCCUUUUAGCAAUUGUGGUAAAUAUUGCUUUCUCAUGCCCUUUGACUUUCCUAUAAGUAACUAUCUAAUGAAAACAACCACCGUACCUUAAGCAUCCUUUCAUAUCAAACCAUACUUUUAAUAGAAUGCAUGUGAAUAUAUAAGAAAAGAAGCAUUUUAAUUUAUAUCACCCUCUAUUGUUCACAUAAAGUUACACCACCCCUUCUAUUGUAUCUAGCUAUAUUUUGUGACACUCAUCAAAACUCUAGAACUUCCAAAAACUCUCCAAACUACUAUAAUCUGCCACCAAACCUAUAUAGUUACACCUUAUAUUAUAUAUUUUUACCAUAUUCAUUUUUAUACAAUACUUAAGAUCAAAGUUGAGCAUUAUUAGUCACUUUGAUUAUAUUCUUGUUAGUAUCUUAGCCUCUAAGGAGCAAAGUAUGCUCCUUUGUGAACUUGAGAAUGGGGAUUGACAGCAUGGAUGCUAAAGCAGGAGGUCCGGUUUCGAGUUCAUCAAAAGAAUGGAAUGAUGAGAAGGGUAAGACGGGAUUUUAUGAAGAGAGGUUAAGGAGGUUUGCAGGUUUGGUAUACAGAACAUUCUUGGAUGUUGGUAGAGAGGACCCUAGACGCGUGAUCCAUGCUUUCAAAGUCGGUUUGUCAUUGACACUGGUGUCAUUGUUGUAUCUAUUGGAGCCUUUGUUCAACAGUGUUGGACAAAAUGCUAUAUGGGCUGUUAUGACUGUUGUUGUUGUUCUCGAGUUUACUGCAGGUGCAACAUUAUGCAAGGGAUUGAACAGAGGACUUGGGACAAUUAUGGCUGGAUCAUUGGCGUUUUUCAUUGAGUUUGUUGCCAAUAAAUCUGACCAUCUCUUUCGCGCUAUCUUCAUUGCAUUUGCAGUUUUUUUAAUUGGAACAUCAGCUACAUAUAUAAGAUUCUUUCCAUAUAUAAAGAAGAAUUAUGACUAUGGUGUGGUGAUAUUUUUGUUAACAUUUAACUUGAUCACGGUGUCUAGCUAUCGCGUCAAUGAUGUUCUGCACAUAGCACAACAGCGGCUCUAUACCAUUGCCAUCGGCUGUGGGAUCUGCCUCUUAAUGAGUCUCUUGGUUUUUCCACAUUGGUCAGGGGAAGAUCUACACAAUUCUACUGUCUCCAAACUUGAAGGCCUUGCUAACUCUAUUGAAGCAUGUGUCCAACAAUACUUCAGUGACUCAAAAUCAGAAGCUGAAGAAGAUAAUUUGUCUGACGAUCCAAUCUAUAAUGAAAUUUUAGAUUCAAAAUCUGCAGAUGAGGCCCUGGCAUUAUAUGCAAGCUGGGAGCCUCGGGCAUCAAGGUAUUGCUAUCGGUUCCCAUGGAAGCAGUAUGUUAAGGUAGGAGCAGUUCUUCGGCAUUUUGGCUAUACUGUUGUUGCUUUGCACGGAUGUUUGCAGACCGAAAUACAGACUCCAAAAGCAGUUCGCGCAUUGUUCAAGGACCCCUGCUUCCGGCUUGCAGCAGAAGUCUCGAAAGUUCUAAGAGAACUAGCAAGGAGCAUUAAAAACCGACGUCAUUGCUCUCCAUCAAUCCUCUCAGACCACCUCCAUGAAGCGUUGCAAGACCUUGAUACUGCCUUAAAAUCUCAACCUCGGCUCUUUCUUAAUCCCACCCUCGAUAACCACCACCCUGCUCCACCCAACUUUCUUACCUUAGCAACUUCUGCCAACAAUGGCUUUAAAAACUCCCCUACCACAGUUUCAACAAAUUUUGCCAUACCAAGUUUUAAGACUGACUCUUCUGCCCUACUUGAGUGGAAGAAUAAGCGAGAUCAGAAGACUGCUACAGCUACUGAGGCUCUAACACCUAAAGAGAAGGAAGGUGGAGGAGACAGAAAAAUGUUAAGGCCAACAUUGAGCAAGAUUGCCAUCACAAGCCUAGAGUUUGCUGAAGCAUUACCAUUCGCGGCCUUUGCAUCAUUGCUAGUGGAGACAGUUGCUAGAUUGGAUCGCGUCAUUGAGGAGGUAGAAGAGCUUGGUAGGAUAGCACAGUUUAAGGAGUUUAAGGCAGGGGAUGACAUUGUUGUUAAGUGUGAUGAUAAGCCAAUUGGUAAUGGUUAUCAUAAUAACCAUCUGCCUUCCCAUGGUUUUGAUUAAUUGAUUUAAGAAUAAUUUCUAAACUGAUUGUACUUAGUAUGUAUUAAUUUGAACUUGAUUAUGCAAUUUAUUGAAAUUGUGUCUGUUGUUAUUGAUGGA